AUUAGAUUUUUCUUAGUUCGUUCAGAAGUAUAUUAAUCAUUUCGUCAGUAUAUUGUUAAAUUCAUUCAAGUACAUUUGAUUAAUUAUAUUAUUUUGGUAAAUUAGAGUAUUUAAAUUAAUGAUUUAGUUGGGUUAUAUAAUUUUUAUUAGUAAGUGUGAUUAGAUUCUUUACUUAAUAUAGUAACAUGAAUUUACGGGAUUUAAUCUAGGUAAUUAGUUUUAUUAAAGUAAUAUAAUUACGUAGUUAAUUAGUAAUUAUAAUUAGAUUUUUCUUAGUUCGUUCAGAAGCAUAUUAGUCAUUUCGUCAGUAUAUUGUUAAAUUCAUUCAAGUACAUUUGAUUAAUUAUAUUAUUUUGGUAAAUUAGAGUAUUUAAAUUAAUGAUUUAGUUGGGUUAUAUAAGUUUUAUUAGUAAGUGUGAUUAGAUUCUUUACUUAAUAUAGUAACAUGAAUUUACGUGAUUUAAUCUAGGUAAUUAGUUUUAUUAAAGUAAUAUAAUUAAUCAAUUAACUUGAUUAAUUAGUUUAAUCACUUAGGUUUGGUAGAACCGUAGAAGAUAGUGUCCAGUAGCAACAAAGAUGCAUAUUAGUUGUAUAUUGCACUAUUUAAUUAGUAUUAUUUUUGUACUUAUUAUUUAUUACAUGUAUAUUUAUUUAGGAGAUACGGUAUGAUUUUCCAUAUUUAUUAUGGAGAACGUCCCACAGUUUUGCACGGGAGACUUGUAACAAUUCAGAACUGCCAGCACAUAGAGAGUUCGGUUGAGGUACCUAUUGAUCUAGAUGGCCUGAAAUCACAUAUUAUGCGCCUUUUGCGUGUGAACCAGCAGUCCCAUACUGUUGUCUUAGAGGGUGUACGGCCGCGGCUUGUUCCAAAUAGCUCGGUCAUUGUCCAUACGUUGUUCGAGAUGAGUAGGAACAACGCAUGGGCUUUGUACUCACGCAAGGCAUUGGAGGAGAACUUUGAUAUGGCGGUGUACGUAAACAUAGUGUCACGACUGGUGCAAGGUGAUGCAGUGACCACUGUGGAAGGCUCAAGCCAGGAGGUGAUGCAUGAAGAGGAUGGAGGGCAUGUCGGGGAGGGCAGUUCCAGUAGAGAGGGAGGUAGAGUGGACCCUGGUGAGGUCGAUGCAGGAUGCAUGGAUAAUGAAGACGGUGGUAGCGGGGAUGAAGAAGCUGCUGACAAUGAUGACCCGGUCCCGGCGAUCCAGUACUUUCGUGGUACUGGGCUCCUGGAGUGUGUCGUCGUUGAGUAUAACACCUUAUCUAACUGGGGAUACCAGAAUAGCGACAUUCAGGUCGGGCAACAGUUUCGUAACAGAGGGGAGGUCAUCCACUUUAUUAGCAACUAUGCUGUAAUAACAAGAAGGGACCACAAGUGCGCCCGGUCUAACCCUACGGAGUAUGAGGUCAGGUGUACGAAGCACCCGAAUUGCCCUUACUUCGUACGAGCACAUCAGCCGAAAUAUGAGAACUAUUUUGUGAUUAGUAGACACACCCCACAUACAUGCAGCGAAGAGGCUAUUAGGAAUGUGAGCCACGCCGUUGAUGCGAGGUUCGUAGCCCAACUCCUCAUCACGCUUAUUGGCACAGAAAUUUGUUUGUCGCCAAAAUCAAUUAUGGGGGAGGUGCACACUAAGACUGGCAUGCUUAUCAAUUACUACACCGCGUGGCGAGCGAAGCAGAAGGCGUUGAAGAUGCUGUUUGGAAGCUUCGAAGAGUCAUACAACAAUGCUCCGAGACUGCUGCAGAAGAUUGCCAUGACGAAUCCAGGGACUCAGUGGGCCAUGGCGGAUGAGCCGAUCAGGCUAGAUGAUGGGUCAUAUAGCACCACUGACCGAUACCUCAUUAGGUUAUUCUGGUCCUUUGGACAAUGCAUCGAAGCAUUCAGGCAUUGUAGGCCGGUUGUAUGCGUGGAUGCCACAUUUCUAAGCGGCAAGUUCCAUGGUACCCUUAUGACAGCAAUGGCGGCGGAUGCAAAUAAUCAGAUCAUUCCUCUCGCCUUUGCAAUGGUUGAGAGUGAAAACAAUGAUAGUUGGCUGUGGUUCCUCACCUUGGUAAGGACACGUGUCGUGGGAAAUAGGGAACGAGUUUGCGUCAUCUCAGACCGCAACAAGGGUCUUCUGCAUGCGUUGGACGUGCUGCAUGAUAGCACAAACUGCUCCAUUGCAUGGCCUGAUGUGGAGAGAAGAUGGUGCAUGCGACACUUGGGCGCGAACCUGUACACAAGGUACCGCAACAAGUCGCUUGUAAAGAGAUUCAAAGGGCUAUGUCUUCAGAACCAGCAGGCGAAGUUCAAUGAGAUAUGGAGAGAGUUAAAUGAGACCACUCGCAAGAUGAUGGCAGACCAGCAAGCAGGGGAGGAUCAACUGCGGGCGCAAAUGGUUGGGGGCCAAACUAUCGUUAGUCGUUCACGUGGUACAUUUAGCCAGUGGAUAGCGGGGAAGCCGGCGGAGCGUUGGGCCCUUAUCCAUGACACUCAUGGUGCCAGGUACUCCAUCAUGACAACGAACAUAGCGGAGGCGUUCAACAAUGUCCUGAAGGGAGUACGGGGCCUCCCGUUGUGUGCCAUUAUUGAGCUCACAUUCUACAGAACGGCGGACUACUUUCGAGACCGUGGUAAUGCUGCUAUGAAGUGCAGCACACGGUUUUCACCUAAGGUGGAGCAAAUCAUAUCAAGAAGGAGGAGCAAGGCACACUUUCAUCGGUCGAGGAUCUACGACUUGGCCAACAAUGACUUUGAGGUCAUGUGCCGCCGUAGGUAUGCUUCAGGGUAUAGCGCCGGGGACACCGUGCAGCAAUGUCAACUUGGACCUAACGAGGUGAAGUGCACAUGCAAUAAGCCAAAACUGCACCAUAUCCCGUGCUCGCAUGUCUUAGCCGCUUGCAGGGACAUAGGUGGCAAUGACGGAUCACAGUACGUAUCACCGUACUUCACGAUCGAUGCAUUGAGGAGCACAUGGCUUCCGAAGAUGCGGUCCUUUAACAUCGGAACCAACUACAAAUCGAUCGAGGGCCCUAAGUGGGUACCUUAUCCACAAGCACGACGCACAGAUCCUGGAAGGCCUAGAUCUACGAGGCUGCAAGGUGACAUGGAUGAAGCAGAUGCUGUUGAUGGCCUUCGCAGGUGCAAACUUUGCAAACAACCUGGACAUGACAGGAGGACUUGCCCGACCCGUCAGUAAACUAUCAGCCCACUGUCAAACUGAACUGUCUUAGAGACUUUGUAUUGUAAAAUGUUAUUCACCUGUUAGUUGUACUACUUAUUGUGCAUUAUGUGGUUUGCACUGUACCCCUUUAGACAAGAAGUGACCAUUGUAUUGUAAAUGUAAUUUUAUUUAUUUA